UCGAUCGUCGGUGGUCCUUCUUCUCACGUCGCCAGUCUACUCGUGACGCAACGGUGUCUUUCCUAUUCAUUUGCAGAUGUCUGCAGACAAGCUCGGUACCAACUUCCCCUCAUCAAUAAAUCCCUUAUUGGUCACGUAAUCAUCAGCGUGCUUGUAAACGACAAUGACGAGUGCCAGCUUCGAUGUUACAUAGAACCUAAGUGCCUCUCUUAUAAUGUGGGACCUCACAUAGUUUAUAGACACGAAUGUGAGCUCAGUGAUUCAGAUCACGUGCAACACCCUCAGGAUUUGGUCCUCAUGCUAGGUUACACGUACAUAGGGACUAAGAAUGGUUGCUCGUCCAGUCCAUGUCUAAACAACGCCACCUGCCUUUCGUUGACACCAACAACUUUCCAGUGCGAAUGUAGCGAGGGAUUUACCGGGUUAAACUGCGAAACGGGAAAGAGUUGCCGGGAUAUUAAAACUGCAUCACCGCAUGCUCCAAAUGGUAUGUACCGCAUACAUCCUGAUGGCGGGCACAGCUCUAUCUGGGUCUAUUGUGAUAUGACGUCAUUUGGGGGCGGAUGGACGAUGUGUUACUCAACCAAUAACAGCGUUAAUCCUAAAAAGGAAGUGACAUACAACGAACGUCGGCUAUAUGGAACAAAUGGCUACAGAACUAACUGUAAUCAUAUUCAGUUUCGUGAAAUUCUUUUUGUUGACGAACUCAAGGGUGACCAAGCCUUCUUUACAUAUCAGUUUGACUCCAGUCUCGUACCAGCGGAAAAUUACCAAAAACAAUUUCCAGGGUUUUGGAGAGCAGGAGGUGUGGCAGAUACAAGAUAUAAUUAUGAGCUUCUCAUGUGCAAUACAAACUUCUACUCUGGAUUCAUCGUGACAGGCCACUUUUACUACUGCAGGAAACGCUGCACGUUAUGGUGCAGUGAUAAGACCUCUCCAUUCUUCCGGUCAGCGACUUCUUCAAGAGCAUUUACUGGUGUGGCCUUUAAUGUCAAUGGCCACCGGCCUCUUAACAGCAGCCUGAUCAGUGUUGGGCUGAGAUAAAUGAAAUUGCCAAGCAGACUCACUUUCAUAAACAACGAGGCAACUAUACCAUGUAAACUAUUCAACCUACUCCUAAUGCGAGGAACUGAGUGGUCUUCCAACGGCCUAGUUCUUAACCCCUUCCCCCCCCUCCCUGCCUCCUCCCUUCUCAAAUUCCAGAGAAAAAGCCCUCUCUACAAAGAGCACCUCAAAGGCUAACUCGUCCCCAGUCAUCUCCCUUAUAAAAGUCGUUCCAUUUUAAUCACAAAUGUGUAUGUCUCCCGAGACCACGCCACUGCGUGUGAAAUGUAAGAUAUUAUUUAGGAUGAGUCAGCUUUAAAAGCCGUUUAAAGGCUAACCUCUAACCA